AGGGGCAGGUGGUGCAGAACUCGGAGCGUACAGACGAAUCCUGGGGACGGGCGCGAUUCCGAGCCCAAGAAAAGCUUGCGAGCCACACGUUGCCAGAGAAUCGGCCAAGUGGCCCUCAACGCUCGCUUUUGCGCUCCUGUCCCGUCCAGUGCCCGUGCCAUGCUCGCGCGCUGCUCGGCGCCCUUCAAGAACCAUCUGCCAAUCGAAGAAGAAGAUGAUGAUGAUGAUGAUGAUGCCUCGAUGCGUUGCGGCGGAAGUUGAACAUGGAGGCUGCUGCUCCUCGGAAUUUGCCGGACCAUCAGUGGCUCGUGACGAUGCGGCACCCGCUCUUGCGUUAAUCCGCUCGUUCCUCGCCUCCUAAUUUUGGGCAACUACUUUUCUAAUUCGGGUCCGAUUCCGACAUGAAUUCACACCAGCGUCGGAUCCGAACCGGGUCUGCGAGUGUCUUGAGUUUGAAUGAAUGAGUGAAUGAGGGAUUGGAUGCCGGGGUUUUGUUAGUUUUUGGGGGUUUAGUUUUGUUAGUUUUUCUCGGCGCGGCAACGAAACAUCGGCAAUUCUUGAGAGUUCUGGUAGUUAGUUCCGGACAUGAGGUUGUGGCGGUUUACAAUGUAGGUUGAGGUUCGGUUGCCUCUCCCAGCACGGAGCUUCAUGGCGGCGAUGACAGUGGAAUUUGCACUGAAUCCAGCAAAAUCCGCAGCGAGUUGGAGCUUCGGACGAAGUAGGGUGGAAGGGCGUAAUGUGUGUCGGCUGACGGGGACGGAGAGAGUAGCGUUUGCGAGUGUUGCCUGCAAGGAUGGUGGGAAGGGCAAACGUCGACUUUUGUGGGUUGCUUGUGCCGACCCGUCGGGCUCGUCUUCGUCGCAGCCCAAACCUCGGAAAGCAAGAAGUAAAUGUGAGGGUCCCACAAAGAAUGACUUGAAGUUGGUGAAAGAUCUCAAAGAGUUCAUGUGCGCUUGUGAUCUCCCCCCCACGGAGGUUCCGACCACCAAAGAUCUCAUACGCAAUGGCAGGCAGGAUCUCGCUAAUGCAGUUAGACGGAGGGGCUACAAGGUUGUGGCGCAUCUUUUGGGACUUGCUCCCGGACCAGAAGCUGCUCAUAGCACCUCUACAGAUGAAGCUAAAGAAUCUACAGCCAUUUCAACGACGAGAGACAGUAGCGUAAAUGGUGCGGCGGGAAACUUUUCAGCAGAGUCUCACCAGGCAUCUCGCAAAGGAGACAACGAAACCGGUUGCGUAACAGUUUCUAAUAGUGAAGCCGAAAGCUUGAGUCCUGGGAGAUCUGUAAGUGAAGGUGAGAGCUUGAAUGAAGCUGUCUCCUUAUCUGAAGGUACUCUUAGAGAGAGUUUGGCUAGCUCACCAACGCUUGUGCCGGAGAUUCUCAACACAGAAACUCAGAAGCAGGAGUCAGUGGGACAAACUUCUUUAGGAGUGAAAGCGGACUACAUCCAAGAACGUCAGUUGAAUAUUAUCAAAGGUGCAAGCCAAACCUUGGAUCUUUUGCAGAAACUAAAUUCUGGUUCAAAAAGUGAAGAUGGCGUUGAUGGUAAUGAGUCUGAGAGCGAUUACUCUGACGAUGAGUAUGAAGAUGAUGAAGAAGACGACAAGGAUAGCAUCAUAGGAGUGCCAGUGCCCGGACCUGGCUCUAGCUUUGAGUCACCUGAGGAAUUUGCCGCUACCAAGGCUGCUCUCUUGAAAUCUAGGAUACUUGAGUACUUUGAUAGUCGUAAAGAAGAUCAAGUGAAGCCAGAAUCAAUCCAAGAUGCUAGGACCACGGAGCAAUUGGCCAUGGAGCAAGUCAAUAAUGUUCUCGAGAGAGACACCGAAUUAGAAAACAAUCAAAAGUUAGAGGUUGAGAAGGAGUUAGAACGCUUCAGAGACUUGCUGCAUGCAAGGGAGUUAGUUCUUUCCGAGGUUACACAGGAGCUGGAGGAAGCUAAGGCUCAAUUUUCUCUAGCCCGAGCAAAGGCAACUGCAGAGCUGGUCCACGCCACACAACUUGCCGUUGAAAGGGAAGCUCGAUUGCAGCAAGCAGAACAAACCCUGGCAAGUUUGAGACAGGUACACUUGGAAUGGUGGGGCGAAGCCGGACAGGUGGAAGUCGCCGGAACCUUCAAUGGAUGGCAACAUCGGAUACUCAUGGAACCUGAUCCCUCGUCCGAAAUUCCUAAAGCAGACGGCUCAAGGGGUCCCAUGAUGUGGGGAACGCAUCUCUGUCUUUACCCAGGAAUAUAUGAGAUCAAGUUUAUCGUAGAUGGGAACUGGCAGUUGGACCACAGGAGAGAGGUCGUAAUGCGGCACGGCAAUCAAAAUAACGUUUUGAGAGUGGAAUAAAAUUCACUAAUUUAGAGCUUCUGAACCGUGUGAUUUAGGGGCACACAUGGUCAAGAGCGAUAAGAUUUUGACAUUUCUAACCUAGACAACUGUGUCUGACGGGCAUUGUAAUCUUAGCGCCUUUGAAAGUUAUGGUGCGAUUGAGUCAAAUAUGAAGUAUAGCUCAGCUCGGUGUAUAAUGGUUCAUAUUCCUUGAUCGAAGGAACAUUUUCCGAUUGUAAUGUUCUCACUUUUAGUGCUUCCAUCACGUUUUCCGACUUCAUCACGGCUCUGACUGGUACAAGUAAAAGGAACGGCCAGCUUUGUGAAGACUUCAUCUGAAACGUAUGUAUUGGGCCAAGUUAUCAAUUCAAGUUAGUCCAUAAGUGAGUCGCUCACCAAAGUUCGUGAAGAUCGAAGACAAAAAGUUCCUGCAGUCUCACUGGUGAUCUAUCUUACUUGCUGUCACCAAUUUGCACGUAAAUGUAUCACAAGGAAGUAUGAAAUGAUUGUUCGAUUGGAUACAGUUGUUAUUCAAGCCAAAUCGGACUCGCAGAUAUU